CCUUGAUCUUUUUCUUUACUUCGAUUCAAGCUGUAAAUUACGGUAAACGAGAAAAUCCUGCAAGAACGAUUUUGAGAGCUCGGCGAGUGCCCAUUCAUCAUCCCGGUUCCAGUGAUCGUGUGAAACGAGGC